AUGCUGAAGUUUAACCGAAGAAGACAGUACCCAUUCCAAAGUUAUAAAUUAAAGGAGACAUCAGCAACAAAUGAUGUAUCCCUGAAAUCUGCCAAUGAAGAAGAUACAGAAAGGCUAUCCUCAGACAAGCAGACCAGAGCUACAUCAGGCUCUCAGCCCACAUUACUUCUGGGACCUGAGGGGAACUACAACUAUUAUGUGGAUGAUGAGGAGGAAGAGGAGGAAGAAUUCAAAGCGGUGGAAGAUGAACAAAAGUUUCAACAUAUAGAAUCAUUUGAGGAGGUGCUCUCUUCAUCAGUUCCCUUGCCCCCUGCCUCUCCCUCUGGAACAGAAUCUCCUCUUCCUAUUUCUUCUAUACUGAACAUAAACGUAGGUGGCCAAAGUUACCACCUCCCUUACCAGAUAGUGGCCCUCUACCCCAAGACCCGUCUGGGCCGCUUGGCCACUUCCACUAACCGCCAUUGCCAGCUGGGUCUGUGUGAUGACUAUGCUGCCCAGGCAGAUGAGUACUUCUUUGACAGGGACCCAGCUGUCUUCCAACUGAUAUACAACUUCUAUGCCUCCGGCGUGCUGCAGGUGAGGGAUGAGCUGUGUCCUCGCAGCUACCUAGAGGAGUUGAGCUAUUGGGGUGUGCGGCUCAAAUACACCCCACGGUGCUGCCGCAUCUGCUUUGAGGAGCGGCGUGAUGAACUGACUGAGCAGCUGAAGGUGCAGAAGGAACUGCGUGCCCAGGCUGAGGCUCAGGAGAAUGAGCAACUCUUCCGCCACAUGCGUUACUAUGGCCCUCAGCGCUGGCGCCUCUGGAACCUCAUGGAGAAGCCGUUCUCCUCUGUCACCGCCAAGGUUAUGGGGGUGGCUUCCAGCUUCUUUGUCCUCAUCUCUGUGGUGGCACUGGCUCUCAACACAGUAGAGGAGAUGCAACACGUGGACAGGAAAAGUGGAGAGACUCGCCCCCUGUUAGAACACGUAGAGACCUUCUGCAUUGCUUUCUUCACACUGGAGUAUGUGCUGCGGCUGGUCUCCACCCCCGACCUGCGCCGCUUUGCCAGCAGUGCACUCAAUGUUGUGGACCUCGUUGCCAUCCUGCCUCUUUAUCUCCAGAUGCUGCUGGAGUGCUUUACUGAUGACGACCAGCCCCGAGGCCGGGGCUCCCUGCAUGAUUAUGAUAUCGAGAAGGUGGGGCGGGUGGGCAAGGUGGGGCAAGUGCUGCGCAUCAUGCGCUUGAUGAGGAUCUUCCGCAUCCUCAAGCUGGCUCGCCACUCCACUGGGCUACGUGCCUUCGGCUUCACCCUGCGCCAGUGCUACCAGCAGGUGGGCUGCCUCUUGCUCUUCAUUGCCAUGGGCAUCUUUGCCUUCUCUGCCAUGGUCUACAGCGUGGAACAUGAUGUCUCCAGCACCAACUUCACCAGCAUCCCCCAUGCAUGGUGGUGGGCUGCCGUCAGCAUCUCUACAGUGGGAUAUGGAGACGUGUGUCCAGAAACUCACCUCGGCCGCCUGUUCGCUUUCCUCUGCAUUGCUUUUGGAAUAAUUCUGAAUGGAAUGCCCAUUUCUAUCCUCUACAACAAAUUCUCAGACUAUUACAGCAAGCUGAAGGCUUAUGAGUAUACAGCUAUAAGGAAGGAAAGAGGGAAGGUGAACUUCAGACGAAGAGCUAUGAAGAAAAUGUCAGAAUGUUGUGGAGAAAGCACAAAUCAUUUACCAAGAUGUUAUUAGGGCUCUGUAAAAUAUAAAGGGACAAAUGAAGAUAAAGUAACAAUCCUGAAAGGAAAAGGAAAAUACUUAAGGUAAAAUCUAUUUUGAAAAGGUUUGCCUUUUUAAAAUCAGAGCUCUAGAUUGCUCCUGUUUCAUCUCAGCUUCUUUUAGCUGGUGCUUUACUACAGAAGCAAUGCUCCCAAUUUAUGUGCGAGACUCAAGAGAAAAUGAUACUCUAUGGAUUAUCCAGUUGGAGGAUCUGAGAAUGGUACAUCUGGAACAUGGAUGUAACACAAUGUUGUAUAUGCAUCUUACAAUGGCUUGAACCAAAGGAAACAGAAUAUUCACUGUCUGCUGCUCAACUGGUGGGAUGUUCCUACUCAAAAAAAAGUAAACCAGUAUGGAGUGGAAAAAAAAGACAAUAUAUUUUUUGUAUUGCAGAAAUCAUUGUGUAUUAGAGUUUAAAAAGACAGAGGAAACAUAUAGUGUGUACCCUUUACAGUGAUAUUAAUUGCUACUGCACAUAAAUGACUUCUACAUUCCUUACUUUUUUGUGGUUGUUCUUUUUUAUGGCAUAAAAUAUAUGAUUCAAUUUGCCAAU